AUGUCGCCACCUAGCGGCAUCGCGGCCAAACUGCAUCGUCCGCACUCACUCCCCUUCCGUCGCAAACGCUUAGUCCCUCCUGUCGCCCACGCGGAAUCCCCUAGAACAAGCGCGCUCAUUCCCUUCCGUCGCCCACGCUCACUCCCCUUCCAUCGUAUACGCGCACACCCCUCCGUCGCCCACGCUCACUCCCUCCCGUCGCCCACGCUCACUCCCUCCCGUCGCCCACGCUCACUCCCUCCCGUCGCCCACUCUCACUCCCUCCCGUCGCCCACGCUCCCUCCCUUCCCGUCGCCCACGCUCCCUCCCUUCCCGUCGCCCACGCUCCCUCCCUUCCCGUCGCCCACGCUCCCUCCCUUCCCGUCGCCCACGCUCCCUCCCUUCCCGUCGCCCACGCUCCCUCCCUUCCCGUCGCCCACGCUCCCUCCCUUCCCGUCGCCCGCGCUCCCUCCCUUCCCGUCGCCCGCGCUCCCUCCCCAUCCCUCACCUCCCCAUCCAUGCUGCGACGGGGUGGACGCGGGGCAGAGGAGUGUGGGCGUGCAACCUGCCCCAACACCGCUGUCACGGGCUCGUCGUCUAGCUGAGUCGGGGGCGCCCAGUCAUGUCUCGGGUCCUCCUCUCCCUCUUCCCCCUCCUCUCAUUCCUUACUCUACCCCCCCUCCUCUCCCUGGAGGGAGCGGCAGUGGCAGCUUUCCCCCAUCGCACACGCGCACUCCCCUCCGACUCCCACGCUCUCUCCCCUCCGACGCCCACGCUCUCUCCCCUCUCGUCACACACGUGCGCUCUCUCCUCUCCUCCCCGUCCAUCAUCACGCCAUCCCUCAUCUCCCCAUCCCUCAUCUCCCCAUCCCUCAUCUCCCCAUCUCUCAUCUCCCCAUCCCUCAACUCCCCAUCCCUCAUCUCCCCAUCCCUCAACUCCCCAUCCCUCAUCUCCCCAUCCCUCAUCUCCCCAUCCCUCAACUCCCCAUCCCUCAACUCCCCAUCCCUCAUCUCCCCAUCCCUCACCUCUCCGGUCUUCCUCUCCCUCUCCCCUCUCCUCUCAAUUCAACUCCCUGCUCCCUCUCCUCUCCCUCCUCCCUUUUCACUCGCCCCGCCACUCCCGCCGUGCUUCUCCCCCCCCCCCAUUCCGCUUCGCCCCAUUCCGCCCCAUCCCAUUCCGCCUCACCCCAUUCCGCCUCACCCCAUUCCGCCUCACCCCAUUCCGCCCCACCCCCUUCCGCCCCACCCCAUCCCGCCCCACCCCCUUCCGCCCCACCCCAUUCCGCCCCACCCCCUUCCGCCCCACCCCAUUCCGCGCAAUCCCCCUUGUCGCGCACCCUCACUUCCCUCCGUCCUGGAUGAUCACUCCUUCCCGUCGCCCGCGCGCACUUUCCUCGAACGAGCACGCACACUCCCUUCCCGUCGGCCACGCUCACUCCCUUUCCAUCGCCUUCGCGCAAUCCUUCCGUCUCCUCAUCUCCUCCUCUCCCCGUCCCCUCCUCACUUUAUCUCAUCUUCUCCCCUUCCCCCCCUCACCCCAUCUCCUCCUCACCCCAUUCCGCCUCACCCCAUUCCGCCUCCCGUCCUCUCCCCAUCCCCUUUUUCUUACUACCCCUCCUCUCCCUGUCUCUCCUCUCCCCAUCCCUCCUCUCCCCAUCCCUCCUCUUACCAUUCCUCCUCUCCCCAUCCGUCCUCUUACCAUUCCUCCUCUCCCCAUCCGUCCUCUCCCCAUCCGUCCCCUCCCCAUCCGAUCAUCUCCCCAUCCGGUCCUCUCCCCCUCUCCUUUAAGUGUUUCCCACACUGUCCUCGGCCUUGCGGCACCUCCCCAUCCCGUGUGCUUUGCUGCACCGGGGAGCUGCCUGCACCUUCCUGUUUGCUCCGCACUUUACCUCUCCCUCCCCUCCCCCAAUCGCUCUGCGCGGCCUCAUUGCAGGGACUCCUCGCAGGGAAAGAAGGGGAAAGAGAGGAGAGUGAGGCGGAGUAG